AUGGCCAGCGACAGCAGCAACCAAGCAGGAGCAGCAGGAGCCAAGCCGAAGCCGAAGCCGAAGCCGCCACCGCCGCAGCUAUCGGUGCGGCUCCAGCUGGCCGGGCUGACGGCGGCCAUCGACGCCGUGGAGCGACGCGACGGGACGGUGAACCGCUGCCUGUACGGAGUGAUCGACCGGCUCCUGAGCGCGCGCGCCAACCCACGGCCGGACGCGUCCGACGUGCGCUCCUUCGACUUCACCAUGGACGCGUCCCGCGGCAUCUGGGCGCGCGUCUUCGCCCCGGCCACGGCGGACCGCCCGCUCCCCGUCGUCGUGUACUACCACGGCGGCGGCUUCGCGCUUUUCUCCCCGGCAAUCGGGCCCUUCAACGGCGUGUGCCGCCGCCUGUGCGCCGCGCUCGGCGCCGUCGUGGUGUCCGUCAACUACCGCCUGGCCCCCGAGCACCGGUGGCCCGCCGCCUACGACGACGGCGUCGAUGCGCUGCGGUUCCUCGACGUCCGCGGCGGCGUCCCGGGCCUGGACGACGACGUGCCCGUCGACCUCGGCAGCUGCUUCCUGGCCGGGGAGAGCGCGGGCGGCAACAUCGUGCACCACGUCGCCAACCGCUGGGCCGCCGCGUGGCAGGCGUCCGCACGGACGCUCCGCGUCGCGGGCGUCUUCCCCGUGCAGCCCUACUUCGGCGGCGUGGAGCGCACGCCGUCGGAGCUGGCGCUGGAGGGCGUGGCGCCCGUGGUGAACCUCCGGCGCUCCGACUUCUCGUGGACCGCGUUCCUCCCCGUCGGUGCCGGCGCCACCCGCGACCACCCCGCCGCGCACGUCACCGACGACAACGCCGACCUCGCCGAGCAGUUCCCGCCAGCCAUGGUCAUCAUCGGCGGCUUCGACCCGCUCAUGGACUGGCAGAGGCGGUACGCCGACGUGCUGCGCCGGAAGGGGAAGGAGGUGCUGGUGGCGGAGUACCCCGGCAUGUUCCACGGCUUCCCGGAGCUCCCUGAGGCCACCAAGGUGUUGCAGGACAUGAAGGCCUUCGUCGACAGCCACAGGGCCACGCCCAAGCUCGCCGACGCGUGA